AUGGGUAGAAGUCAUAGCCUCUCCUACCAGCGAUGCCAAAAUGUUAUUAGCGAUGGGGGCUCACACUUCAUUGAAAGGCAGUUUGAAAAUUUGUUAAAGAAAUACAGAGUCAGCCACAAAGUAGGGACACCUUACCAUCCCCAGACAAAUGGACAAGCUGAGAUUUCAAACAGGGAGAUCAAAGCAAUAUUAGAAAAGACAGUGUCCAACUCCCACAAGGCCUGGUCGUUGAAAUUGGAUGAUGCUUUAUGGGCAUACCACACUACUUUCAAAACUCCAAUCGGUAUGAUCCCAUUUCGACUUGUGUACGGUAAGCCGUGUCAUCUCUCGGUGGAACUGGCACACAAGACUUACUGGGCAAUAAAACAGUUUAAUAUGGACUUGAAGCUAGCUGGAGACAAGAGAAAGCUACAAUUAAAUGAACUUGAUGAGUUGAGGAUGGAUGGCUAUGAACAUGCCAAAUCCCACAAAGAGAGGACAAAGAGGUGGCAUGAUCAACAUAUCAUGCGAAGGGAAUUCAAAGAAGGGGACUUAGAUGUGCAUAGCCUCCACGAGCUGGCCAUGGGUGUUUUCAUGGGUGUGGAGGCGAUGGAGGAGCUAAAAUAA